AUGAGGGUCCUUAUUGUAUACGCGACGGAAACGGGCUGUGCCGAGGCGCUAGCGUACUCCACGUACAUCCAGUUGAAGUUGCGUAGGGUCGAUGUGAGCGUGAAAUCGGCCGCCGUUGCGACGCGCAGGCUCUUCAUGGCGUUCGACCGCCUCGUAUUCAUGGUCUCAACGGCCGCCUACGGCGAGUUCCCGCACAGCAUGCGGUUCAUGGUGGACGAGUUGCAAGGUGGACGGCGCAAACUGCCAGUGGAGUACACCAUAUUCGGUUUGGGCGACUCCAGGUACCCGCUUUUCAACUACGCUGCGCGCAAGCUCGUCACCCUGCUCGAGAUGGCAGGUGCCAACUGUUUCUACGGGGUGGGGUACGGCGACGACCAGCAUCCGCUGGGCCACACUGGCGAGUUCAUCCCCUGGAUAGCUGGUUUGACCGCGUUGUGGGGGCCUCUAGAGGCCUAUGAAGAGAUGCCGACGACGUUUCGCCUCAAGGUGGAGCAGCUUGAAGCGGGUACUGUCGAGGCUGAAAUUCGCCUUAACACCGCUGUGGGAACGGUCAUUUCAAACGAUGUUAUCACGGCAAAUGAUCACUUCCGGACUGUCCGGAACAUUGUGAUCCAGUGCUACGGGCAGAAGUACGGUCCCGGAGACGUUUGCUGCGUCUAUCCUACUGGCAACCCUGACGAAGUGGUGGAAAUGUUGCAAAAGCUAGGACAAGAUCCUGAACAAGUGGUCAGUAUACGGUCCGCAAACGACGAUGGCUUAGAGUUCAAUCGAGAUUUGGAGGUACUCCACGUCUCCGACGAAGGUGGUGGAAGCCACGAGGGGAGCCGGUUGCCGUUCGAGGGCAAGGCCAUUUCGCUGCGCACACUCUUCGUGGAAUACCUCUCGUUGAAGAACGUGUGCACGCAAUGGCAGAUGUACUUCAUGGCCAAACACGCGACCCUGGAUAUUUACCGGAACAAGCUAAGCGAAAUGGCCUCAUUCAGCAUAGAGGCGUGUGCCGAGUACAACCGGUACUGCAAGGACGAGCGCAGGAGCCUGUUCGAGGUGCUCUGCGACUUCCAUUUGACGAAUUUGCCCGUGGAGGUGCUCGUGAACAUCGCCACACCGUACUACCCGCGGAUGUACUCCAUUUCGUCCACACCGACGACGGUUGGGAUAGCCAGAUUGUGGCCUUCUCCGUGUGACGGCACGCUGAUUGGGCCGCAUUAUAGCACCUUAAAGAGCUUUCUGGCGCAAAAAUCGCGCGAAACCGGCCUCAUCGAACUAUGCGUGGCUGAUGUGACCCACCACACCCCGUACAACCGCAAGGUGAAGGGACAGGCGUCGGACUUCCUCGCGAAUGCCCUGCCGUCACGCUUGCUGAGGCUCACCAUUACAAAGUCACGCAUCGCAGAGGCGGUGUUGGACGUCACGAAGCCUGUCCUGUUCAUAUGCACGGGCACGGGCCUCGCCGCCGUGAAGCCGCUGAUGGAGGCAAGGGUGGAGCGGCUCGCAAAUAUAUGGAACGAAGCGUUCACACUGCCGCAUGUGAGGGACAUGGCGUUCAUAGGGUUCAGGCGAAGGAGGCAGGACCACCUCUACCUAGCUAACGCCCAGCUGCUGAACCCCUGGUGCGAGGUGCACGUGGUUUACUCCAGAGAGGCCGGGCGCAAGAUAUACGUGCAGGAUGAGAUUGUGAAGUUUCCCAAAAGGGUGAUCGAGAUUGUGAUGAACGGACUGGUCAUUAUAUCGGGCCGCUCUCACCCGAUGCCGAAGCAGGUGAUGCAGCGUCUCAGGGACAUGCUUGUGGAGCACGCCGGAUUCGGAGUCCGCGCAGCCGAAAAGUUCAUGGAAGGCGCCCUCAUGGGCGGGAAGAUCAUUAUGGAAACCUGGGGUUGA